AUGGAUGGUGUUCUAAGUCGUUUUUUGGACGGCCUUAAGUCGAGCUCUGAUGAAAUCCGCCUUUCAACGGUUGCAGAGAUCCGCCGUUUUGUAGCUUUGGAGCUAAAAGAGGCUGCCGCUAGCAAUUAUGCUGAAUUUAUCGGAGAUUUAUGUGUUGAAUUCGAGGGGAUGCUAUCAGGAAGUGAUCCCAAUGAGAAGAAAGGCGCUAUUCUCGCUAUCGGUUGCCUAGCUGAAAUUGAUUUUUCUGCAAUCGCUCCAUAUUACUCUCAGUUUAUUAACUUAUUAAAUCUCCUAUCUACAUCGUCCGAUCUUCCUCUUCUUGUUCUCGCUGCUCGUCUAUUGGGUGAAUUCGGUCUCCUGCUUCCCAAUGAUUUUGCUGAAGGGCAGAUAAAACGUGCCUGUGAAUAUUUGAAGCGAGGAAGUCUUUCCACCUCUCAAAAGCAGUUCUACAUUGUACUUCGCGAUUUGGCGGCCAUGGCUCUGCGGAACACUCUUGCUAUUGCCGCUGAAAAUGAAAUUGGCCGUCGUGGACAACAAAUGAGUCUUGAUGCCGAUGCAAAUGUGGAUGGGUUUGGUGAUAGCGCCGCACAUACCUCAGCAAAUCGAGCUAUCCCUUCUAGUUCUAGUAGACAGUUUUUGAGGGGCAUUGGUAAUACACCCAUCCGGAAAUUUAGUAGUAGCCAACAACCGGCAGUACCACAAGCUAAUUCCUACUACUGCCCUGUUAACGAACCUCCGAUGAUCUGGUAUCAUCAGUGUGUUGGACAGCCCAUUUUUCAUGUCCUGGUAGUCAACCAGACGGAGGGCGAGUUGGCUGUGCGAUCGGUGAACCAGACUCCAUGGCCUGUUGUCAUCUCACCCAGCCAGCAGAUGGAGUUGAGUCUAGUCCCUGGAACACACCUCUCUGCUCUUUCCUCUUCUGUGCAGGUCUACGGUGAUGAGGGUGUCGCAAGUGAACUUCUGCGUCAACAGCAAUUUCGUCAGCAGAGGGCUGUGCCGCUCGUCUCUGAAGCCUGCCAGCGCAUGCUCGGUGCCAAUCUGGAUAAGAUUUGGGAGUUAGUCCUUGGCUGCUUGAAUCUGAAGCAUACUGGAGUGCUACAUCUAGUUUUAAAGGUGAUUCCUCGCCUCGUCGCUUUUGAAAGGAGCACGUUUUUAAAUCGGGACAUUCUACGGGAGGUGAUUAAUUUUCUCUUUGAUUGUGUAAAUCGGGAUCGGGAAAAGGGUUAUGCACUGGUCACUCUCGGUCUUAUGACGCAUAGUGUUGGAGACGAAUUUGAGAAACACGGUUAUCUGUCUCAGCUUAUCUCUGUCCUACUUAAUCAAUUAAACUCAACGAAAGACGUCCCUGCCUCGAAGAAGCGACUCGGUGGUUUGUCGACUGCGGUCCUACUGACGAUCGGACUUAUUGCUAAGUCCCUAGGAUCUCGUGCUUGUUCUUCGCUCAAACCCCUUCUAGACCCAAUGAUCUCACGUGGACUCUCUCAGCCGAUGACCGUGACUUGCACACUUGUUGCUGAAUACAUUCCUGAACUAAAACGCGAUGUGCAGGAUAGUUUGUUAAAGCGGAUCAACGUCAUUCUGGCAAACAGCAUUGGCAUUGGUGCUGCCUCGUCCAUUACACUAGGAAAUGGUACAGUGCCUUGCGCCCUUGGCUCUGUACCACCAGGUGCAAACACAACCGGCGCACAUUUAGCUGUUGCGGUCCCACGUAUUAGCUCGACCCGCGGCCGCAACUCAUUAGCCCACACCAGCUCAGUGCGAGUAAGGACAAGUUCUAUUCCGCUGCCUGGAUUCCCCUGGGGUGAGGCGUUCUCCAAGAACUCUAGCAGUGCAGAGUUUGACCCUUCCGGCGAUGCGCUCAGCGAAAGCCAGCUUGUUGCUUCCGCGGAGCUUGUACCCAGUCCAAUGCAAAAAACACUGGAUGCUAUUUCAGAUAUAUUGGGGAAGCUACUUAUUGUCGGAAUUUGCGACCCAGAUGCUGAGGUGAGAAAAUGCGUCUUCUCUUCAUUGGAUAGCCAAUUUGAUAAUUAUUUGGCACAGUCUCGACAUCUGAAUUCCCUCUUUGUCGCUCUGAAUGAUGAAGUUUUUGCUAUUCGUGGCUUGGUCAUGCAGUGUCUUGGACGCCUUUCCGAUGUUAAUCCUGCCUGCGUGCAGCCCACUCUUCGAAGCGUCUUGCUCAAAAUCAUCACAGACUUAGCAGACAGUGGGACAACAAAGAACAAGGAGGAGUCUGCUGCAUUGGUGGCCAUCCUCGCCGCAACGGCGCCGCACUUCAUCCUGCCCUAUGGAGCGUCACUUUUGCACGUAAUAAUUCCACAGAUACGAAACGCGUUGCCGAUUAACUUACGUAUGAAGCUUCUCAUCAUGCGGAACGAGAGACUACAGAAAGCAGGCAACUACCAUGGUGACGUGCCAACGGAUACCAACGAGAUCUCCCUGAGUACGGCCCUACUGGCCUCACAGUCGGCGGCGCACUCGGCCGCGCAAGCGGUGCAGGCUGUGGCGACGGCCACAGCCCGGGGCGUCGGCCAGCAGUUGGCGCGCUCCGUUGCCAGCGCUAGGCCCACCCUUCCCACCUCCAGCCAAACCACAGCUGUCUGCACUCGUGCCGUUGUCGCCGCCAACCAGGCUGCCCACUCGGCUGCCAUUGCUGCAAGAGUCAUCAGUACUGCGAUUGGACGACAGGGCAAGUGUGGGUCUGCCGUGUAUGACGAAUUUCCGACAAGCCAUGGUCUUGGUUACCCCGAGUAUCCUCGGAGCGGAGGCUGCGAACUGGAUUUGUUAAUUGGUGAGCCACAUGAGACUCUGCCGGGUACGAGUCAAGAAUUUCUCGCAGCUGCGGCCAGUCUGGGUGGCAGUGAAGGCCCCGAGACGUCAAGAGGCUUCCUUGUGGGCACUCUGGAUGCGAUUCGACCCGGUGAAAUCGGUGGUUUUAUGUCGCCCAAUCAACUGUCCAUUCCAGGGACGCUGCGUGCCGGCCGAAGGAUCCUUGAGAAUACAAACGCCAUUUGGCGCGAACCGAAAGGUCUAGUAGUCGCACUGUUUUCUGCCCUGGCGCAUCUGUCCUCCGUAUGUCCCCAGGCUGUGGUGACUCUAAUGGACGAUUUAAUUCCUGUACUCGUGUACAUGCUGCAGGAUCCUACUUGUCACGCCAAAAGAUCGGUUGCUGCGUGGGCGUUUGGUGUCCUGGUUUCGAACACUGGUUACGUUGUACGCCCGUACAUGAAGCAUCCCGACCUUAUGGAGCUGUUAUUCGCGCUAUUGCGAAGUGUCGAGUCGAAGAGUAUCCAAAUAGAGAUUCUACGCCUGUUGGGUCUCAUUGGUGCUGUCGACCCGUUUAAACUAAAAGUCUCCAUGGGUCAAUAUGACUACAUACAGGAGACAGAUACUGCCGUCAGUCAGUAUGAUGUCGCGGAGUCUCGAGAUGUUGACAUCACACAGUCGGAGUUGUUGGUGAAUCUGUGUUGGGACAAUCGAGAGGAGUUCUUCGCGGGCUACUCCCUCUCCGCCCUGAUAAACAUACUGCGCGAGCCUGGGAUGCGAAGCAACUGGGACCACGUGGUGCGGGUGAUAGCCAGUGUUCUGGAGUCCUUUAACCAGCGCGCCAUUCCUUGCCUCCACCAGGUCAUGAUGGAGCUAUUCAAAUGCCUUCAGGGUCUUCAUGAGACCAAGCUUCAAGAGGCAAUCACUCAUCAUAUGUGCAGCAUAGUCCAGAUAAUUGGGCCCUUCGCCAAGGAGUUCGCUUCCGAAAUAGUUGAUAUCAUCACCACCUACUGGAAUUUCUCUGCAUCGCAUAUUGUUCAGCGCAACUGCAUUCGUCUAGCCGGCGUGAUUGCCAAAGCCAUUAAAACUGACUUUCGUCCCUCUAUGCCACGACUUGUGCCCUGCAUUUUGCGCUGUUUGAAGCAAGAAAUGGUUGACGAAAAUGUCAUUGCGCUUUGCGAUUUAAUAAGUGAUUUGGGUACUCUACUGGAUGGUCAUCUACACAUUCUACUGCCGGCAUUAACGUCUCUAGUAGCAAAUUUGGAAGACACACCUUAUGAGCAUCUCUUACGCACAUCUCUGGAAGCAAAACAUGCUCAGUCAGCACAGUCCAUCACCACUGUCACGACCAUCGCCGCUAAUGCGGGCUCGGUGCCUGUAAGCCAAUCAGCAGCAGUGCAUGCCUUCUCGUCUAGCUGCAGUCCCGAGUCCGUUGAGGUGAUGAGCGCAACUUCACCAUCCUACCUUGACGACAGCUUCGUCAUGGGAACUCCAGUCGACUCUCUGCUCGUGGACUCAACCGGAGGGGUCGGCAGUGUCGGUGGGGGCGUGGCUAUCCCCUCACGUAGCGCCCUUCGCGCCGCACAGAGAGCAGCCAAUAGCCCUUCGGUGCCCGGCAGCCUCCAGACACGUCUGGCUGCGUUACGCUGCAUAACUCGAGUCACAGAGGUGCUCUGUGUCGAGUCUCUGGCUGCCAACAUUGUUCAACCUCUCUGCAGACUUCUCAACGCCCUUUACGAACGAUCACUGGCAGUUGUGGAAGUGAAAAAUAAACCAUCGGCCCCACGGCUUGCUCUCAAAGCUCUUUAUCCACCCUGCAUGGAUGUGAUCGCCAAUCUGGCACUUCAAAUGGGCUCAGCCUUUAAGUUUAUCAUGCCUGUGGUGCAGGUUACCCUGAAUCUGAUUAACAUACCGCACAAAAGGUUCGACAUGGCUAUAGAAAAGGUGAAUAGCGAUGGUUAUAGGCGGCCAAACUUAUCCACUGACGGUCAGUCUAUUUCACAGGACACUCAUGCGAAUUUCACCCGGAAAACUGAUCCUGAUAAACUGGUUAAAAAUUACACUCUUAAUAGUUUGAACUUGCAACGUGCCUGGCAGUCGUCUCGUCUUUCGAGUCCAGAGGACUGGAAUCUAUGGCUAAAGACGCUUAGUGUAUCGCUAUUGCGAGAAUCACCCAGUCCAGCCAUCCGAGCUUGUGCGCGUCUCACUACCAUUGCUCCGCACGUUUCCCGUCGUCUCUUCAACGCUGCGUUCAUGAGUUGCUGGAAGGAACUGCGUGACGCCGAGCAGGACGAUCUGAUCAACACUCUCGAGAAUGUCCUUCGACUUCCUUCCUCCGCCAGCCAGUCGAGGGAAAUAAGCCAGGUCAUUCUCAAUCUGGAGGAAUUCAUGGCUCAUGCUGACAAGUUUUCCGGCAAAGCACCGCGAGUGCACCUACCACUCUCACUGAAUCUUCUUGCUGAUCGGGCGAUGAAGAAUCGUGCUUUUGCGAAGGCAUUGCGCUAUAAGGAGUUGGAGUUCCUCGAUGAGGUGGAAAAACGCUCAAGUCCAAAUCCUUCCACACUCGCUUCCCUGUUGGCGAUCUACGACAAAUUACAGCUCACUGAGGCCUCAAACGGUGUCCUUCUCUAUGCCACGAAAAAUCCACGCAAUAAAUUGACUGAUGAAGAACUGUGGUACGAGAAGUUGCACAACUGGGAUCGCGCGAUUGCUCUUUGCGACCGAAAACUGGAGGACGAGAGGAUCAGGGACAAGACUAAGCCGAUUCUUUGUCGUUUGAGAUGUCUGCAUUCACUUGGUCAGUGGUCGCAGUUAGAGUCGAUGGCAUGGGAGCGCUGGGGCCAUUUGAGUGAGGGAGCACGGGAACAGGUGGCGCCGCUGGCGACGAGUGCGGCUAUUACCAUCGGGGCUUGGGGGCGGGCAGCGCACUACACGCAGGCCUUUGCGCCCGCCGAUCAUGAGGGCGGCUUCUACCGUGCCCUCCUCGCUCUCCAUGAAGGCAACUACGCCGCCGCUCUCGACGAGGUGGCUAAGUCGCGCAGCAUCCUAGCUGCCAACCUUAUACCCCUCACCACCGAGGGCUACCAGCGCACCUAUCCGGACCUGGUGGACGCACAGCUUCUCUCGGAGGUGGAGGAAGUGAUUCAGUACAAGCUGGUGCCGGAGCGGCGUGCAGUGCUGCACGAGGCGUGGCAUCACCGUCUGCUAGGCUGUCAGUCGGUAGUCGAGGACUGGGGCCGCAUCAUCCAACUACGUCGACUUGUCCUCGACCCACGUGAGAACAUCAAGAGUUGCCUCCGCUACGCCGGCCUCUGUCGACGCUCGGGCCGUCUUAGCCUAAGUCUGCAAGUGCUGCUGAGAAUGCUGCCAAAGGACCCAUCGGAGGUGGCAUGGAACGAGGUGGUAGCGGCACCGGAUCCGGCUAUAGUCUUCUCCUACACUAAACUCCUCUGGGCUUCGGGCUCACGGGAGGAGGCGGUGACGCGGCUACAGGUGCUGCGCGAUAGCGUCAUCGAGCCUUCACUGCGCGCUCAAGCCACCAAACUGGAGGAGAUCGGUCAGGAAGUUGCCCAGCAGCCCUUCAUCUCAUCCACGAGCAUUACUGACAUUGCCACCCGCAUCGACGAUCUCCGCUGCCUCAUGGCCAAGUAUCUCUACAUUCGUUCAUCUCCCGACGUUGGUGGAUCUAGACUGCCUAAUUCUGGUCUCUUUUCGUACUCUCCUGGGGUCAGCCAAUUUAAACAACUCUCAAUUUCUAAUGAAGUGCAACAAAAUGGUACCUCCGAUACUGCCGCCCAAUAUGGCGUAGUGGGUCUGGGAGGGAAUGCGCACUUUAUGGACGAUAAGUCGGUGAUGAUGCACAAAUUUGUCAUCAAGUGCUACCGCACCGCCACUGAACACAGCCCCGGCAACCGCUCCGCAUGGCAGGCCUGGGCCAUGGCCAACUACGACCUCUCCACUCGCCUCGGUAUCGAGCAGGCCCAACUCGAUCAGAAGGAGAUCCAAAUUAAACAGAUAAUUUCUUCAGAGAGCUCUCUUGAUCACACCACCCUCAAACAAAGUUUGGCCGGUCUGGGUCAGCGUCGGAGCAUUCUUCAAAGGAGCAUUGAGCAACUGGCUGCUCCAUCAGAUAUCCUUCGUCUGAUCAACUUGCUGUUCCAAUUCGGCCACCUUCCGGAGAUUCGUGAGAUAGCGCGGGAGGGCUUGGGCAAGAUCCGUCUACAGAACUGGCUACCAGUGCUGCAGCAACUAUUGGCUCGGAUUGACACGCCACACGAGCACGUGGCCAACAUCAUAGUGGAUCUAUUGAUUGCAGUGGGUAGGCAAUUCCCACAGGCCCUCAUCUACUCCCUGGUGCUCUCCUUCAAGUCGGGCGGCUCCGACAGGCGUCGCUACUACGCUACCAAGAUUCUCUACUUUAUGGAGGAGCACAGCCCACGUUUAGUCUACGAGGCCUUCUUAUUGAACGAGGAGUUAAUACGUCUCUCGGUGUCAUGGAUGGAGAUGUGGUUCGAGUGCCUAGAGGAUGCCAGCAGAGUAUACUUUGGGGAAAAGGACACGGGGAAGAUGUUUCGACUGCUCUACCCCCUCCAUCAGGUCAUGGAGCGCGGCCAUGAGACUGCCAACGAGGCCGCCUUCCUUCAGGAGUUUGGCAAGGAGCUCAACAACUCGCGUAUCUACUGUGAACGCUUCGAAAAUCAAGGCAUGCGGGCAGAUCUCCAACAGGCCUGGGAGGGUUACUAUACGCUCUAUCGAACGCUUUCAAAACGGGUCUCAAACCUGUCCUCGUUGGACCUGACCUGCGCGGCGCCGCGGUUGCAUGCCUACGGAAAGGACUGGAUGCUGGCGGUGCCCGGCACCUACAAGCCACACUUGCCACUGGUGCGUCUGGCCGGAGUUAAAAACUGCCUCAUGGUAAUGACCUCCAAGCAGCAUCCGCGGAAGUGCACCAUGCUUGGAUCCAAUGGCAAGACAUAUGUCUUCCUGCUGAAAGGUCACGAAGACACACGACAAGAUGAACGUGUGAUGCAAUUCUUCGGUCUCAUAAACACGCUUCUGAUGAUUAAUCCCGAAACACUGCGCCGUAAUCUUACCAUUCAGCGAUUUUCUAUAAUUCCGCUGUCGACCAACACUGGUCUCAUCGGCUGGGUGCCUAACAGUGAUACGCUGCACAGUCUGAUUCGCGAAUAUCGUGAUAAGACGGACAUCACGUUGAAUCAGGAGCAUCGAGAAAUGCUCCAUUUAGCACCCGAUUUUGAUCGUCUCAACCUGAGUCAAAAGACGGAGGUCUUUGAGGCCGGUCUUCGGGUCUCUUCGGGCAGGGACCUGGCUAAUAUCCUCUGGCUCAAAAGUCACAACUCUGAGGUGUGGUUCGAGCGCCGAACAACGUUCAUUCGUUCCAUUGCAGUCAUGUCUAUGGUUGGCUACAUCUUAGGUCUGGGUGAUCGACACCCAUCGAACUUGAUGCUGUGCCGCGAGACGGGGAAGAUAGUGCACAUAGACUUCGGCGACUGCUUUGAGGUGGCCAUGAUGCGCGAGAAGUAUCCCGAGAAGGUGCCCUUCCGCUUGACGCGUAUGCUAAUCACGGCAAUGGAGGUGACAGGCAUCGAUGGUGUGUACCGGCACACCUGCGAGACGAUGAUGCAACUGAUGCGCAGCAACCGAGACAGCCUGCUUGCCGUGCUAGAGGCCUUCAUUCACGAUCCCCUGUUGCAGUGGGUGCUGCUUGAGAAUAAGCGGCCCGUUCUGGGUCCGGCUGCCGGUGGUGGUGUCGGCGUCAACAAUCAGGGUGUGCCGCCGCCACCUGCUCCUCCGCUUUCCGCCAAUUCAACGGCUCCAGCGCAGCAGGCUCUUCGAGGCUUACCCACACAACAGCAGCAGCAACAAACGAUGGACGGUGAGGGUGAACCUCACACAAAGGUGCCGCUGGGGGCUGGGGUUGGUGGUGGUGCUCGGUAUCCACAGACACGGGUAUCGCAGCAAUCGCAAAACAUUUCGGCGCACUCGCGAAACAUUCCUUACGUUUUCACGGAUCCAAACUAUCCCAGCAGCCUUUCCUUGCGCGACUGCCGACACAUCAAUCCCUGGCGACACCACCUCUGCAACGGACCCUGGCUCGGUUGCUAUGAGACCGCCAAAGCAAUGCGCCGUCAAACUGAGUCGGGUGCAAUCGUUUGCGAACGUGUGGGAAUGCAGAACUUCAUCUUUUCCGCCAAGCCGCCCUCAGAAAGCGAGUAUCACGAUGAAAUGCAAACUGGCGGAAUGGGUAACACGAGGGCCAGAGAUGUGCUGAGCAGAAUACGUCGAAAGCUGGAUGGCAAUGAGAACGGUGCACAAACGAGUGUCCCACUGCAAGUUGACGAUCUCAUUCGUGAGGCGACGUCUGUGCGCCUUCUGGUAAUUUACAUCUCCGUCGCAGUUCUGACACGAUCGGAACCUCGUGUGGAGUCAGUAUAA